CGCCCGGACUUCCGGGGUGGUGUGGACCAGGCUUCUGCAAACUGGGACUCCCAAGUGCUAGAGAGGAAGAGGCUGAGGGCCCGGACUCCUGGGUCUUGGGGAAACGGGUGCUAGGCUCUCGGACUCCCGCAAAAUGGGGCCUGGACUGUUAGGUCUCGAGGGGAAAUGGGGUCUGGACUUCUGGAACCUAGAUGAGCUAGGGGCUAUUGAUUCGUGGUUCCUUGGGGAGAGGGGCUGGGGACUCGGACGCCUGGUUUCCAGAGGAAAGUGUGUCAGCUUCUAGGGCAGAGAUGUUGAGAACCUAGAUGUGCAUGCGUCUCAGGGAGUGAUUCCCAGGGACCCCCUAGGCCUCGGGAAUGGGAGAUCUGGGGGCUGGGAUUUUUCACGGAAGUUGGGGGGAGGUGCUGCAGAGGAGCGCCCUCCUCCCCCUUCCUCAGUUUCCACGACGCUGGUGGAAAGUUGGGUCAGAGGGGAAAGUGCGAAGCAAAGGGAAGGAAACGGCGGCGGCGGAGGCGGAUGCUGCACCUGAAAGCUAAGAUUGGCUUUGGAGUUCGCAGGCGGAGUCAAUGUGCCAGUUUUUCCGUGCAGGAGGGCGAGGCAGGGACCCAAAACCACUCCCCUGCGUGGUUGGGUGACUUGAAGACCCCUAAUUAUUUCCCUCCAUUUCUGCACCCCCCCCACCCUAGUGAGCCGGGGUGAACGCAGCCACUGCCCGUCACAAACAGUGAAGAAGCUCCUGGAGGAACAGAGGCGCCGUCAGCAGCAGCCUGAUGCUGGUGGGGUACCGGGACAGUUUCCACCUCCUCUGGCCCAGUCCCUGACCCCAUCUGUGAAUGAGAGUGAGGCAGGACCCCCUGGAUACCCGGCUUUAUGCAGAACCUUCCCUGCCACAGGCAGGAUCCUGGAGAGGUUCUGGACUCCCCUCAGGACCCCCACAGAUGCCUCCCGUGACCACCGGACCAUCUCUGGACACAGCCCGUGCUCACAUGCUGGCUUUGGGGCCACAACGGCUGCUGGCCCAGGAUGAGGAGGGAGACACGCUCCUGCACCUGUUUGCGGCUCGUGGCUUGCGCUGGGCAGCAUAUGCUGCAGCUGAGAUGCUCCAAAUGUACAGACAUCUGGACAUUCGUGAGCAUAAGGGCAAGACCCCUCUCCUGGUGGCUGCCGCCGCCAACCAGCCCCUGAUUGUGGAGGAUCUACUGAACCUGGGAGCAGAGCCCAAUGCCACUGAUCAUCGGGGACGUUCUGUCUUGCAUGUGGCCGCUACCUAUGGGCUCCCAGGAGUCCUCUCGGCUGUGAUUAACUCUGGGGUUCAGGUUGACCUAGAAGCCAGAGACUUUGAGGGCCUCACCCCUCUCCACACGGCCAUCCUGGCCCUCAAUGUUGCUAUGCACCCACCUGACCUAUGUUCCCGGGUGCUGAGUACCCAGGCCCGAGACAGGCUGGCUUGUGUCCAAAUGUUGCUGCACAUGGGUGCUGAUCACACCAGCCAGGAAAUCAAGAGCAAUAAGACGGUUCUGCAUCUGGCCGUGCAGGCUGCCAAUCCCACCCUGGUUCAGCUGCUGCUGGAGCUGCCACGGGGAGACUUGCGGGCCUUUGUCAACAUGAAGGCCCAUGGGAACACAGCCCUCCACAUGGCGGCUGCCCUGCCCCCUGGGCCACCCCAGGAGGCCAUCGUGCGGCGCCUGCUGGCAGCUGGGGCAGAUCCAACACUGCGAAACCUGGAGAAUGAGCAGCCUGUCCACCUGCUGCGGCCCGGGCCGGGCCCCGAAGGGCUCCGGCAGCUGUUGAAAAGGAGCCGUGUGGCACCCCCAGGCCUGUCCUCUUAGGACUCAAACCCAGAACCUGGACUGAUUUUCCAGUCCCCACCGUCCUGUGGGACAGCCAGCGUAUGCUAAUGUUGCAAAUCCGUGAUAAUGUAUGUGGAAUGUCCUGCCAUUGGGGUCUUACAUUAAAACCCCAAAAUGGCUGCGGGGGUGUAAACAAUCCCCAAUAUUUGGGGUGGUGUAAUACCCCUCUCCCACCUACAAGGAGCCCUCUUGAUGAUUUCUGUGAAAUCGAGGCCCCUUGAUUGUUUCUGUGAAACACCUGGACCCCUAGCCCUUUCCCCAUUGGGAUCUUUUGGGGCCCCCUCCCCUACUCGACCGUUCACACCUAGAACCCCAGAUGUGAUUUCCCUACACAGUACUUGGAGUACCCCUAAAUAGCUCCCAGUGCCACCCAGUAGAGCUCCUAAGAUGACCCCCCCAAACCUCCCCAAGACCCACACCAUUCAGGUCCUUACCUCUGAGACAUAGGAAGGACUCUUCUAGAUGUGAGUUCCCUAGGUCAUAUGCUUUCUAAUUCAGAACUCCACUGGCUGGACCCCCCUGUCCCCAAUCUCCCCAUUUCCUUUGAAUCCCUCCCCGAUGUGGAACUCCUUAUUAAACUCAAUUUGGACUCAA